AUGUCACCAUCGAGUUGCUGUACGCUACAACCUCCUUCUACCUGCUGUACUGUGCAGCCCUGUCCAGUUUGCGCUUCGGUUCAAUCGCCUCCAAUUACCUGUCAAGUCCAGCCGUCUCCAAUUACCUGUGCUGUCAAAAGCAGAUUAGCUGUAACAGCUACCAGUAUUGGCCAGCCCUGUUGUUGUUGUAGCAGCUGUGGAGCUCCUUCUUGCUGCACCGGUUGUUGUAGUGGACCAACAGUUUGUGGCUGUGGAUCACCAUGUUGUUGUUGUGCACCAUCUUGCUGCUGCUGUGCACCGUCGUGUUGCUGCUGUGUACCAUCUUGUUGCGGGUGCUGCAGGCGACGUAAAAGAUCUCUGUUCAUGUUCAAAUCAGCUUAUCUAACAGCUAAACAGUAG